GGGGGUUCUGAGGCCUGUGAAUGACGUCCGGAUCAAGAGCAGACUCCUCCAAAGCCGCCAAAGCCGCCAGCGCAGCCAGCGCCAGCACUCCGCGGUCCAAGUCACAGAUCCAGUCACACUCGCAGCACGGACAGAAUGACGACCACCACGACGACGACAAUGACGACGACGACGACGACGACGACGCGCCGCAGUUCUUGGAAGGCGGCAAAGUGAGCGUGCGGCUGCGCACACUGACGCCGUGGCUGGUCUGCCGGAUCUGCCUCGGGUACUGCGUCACUCCAACAGUGAUUGUCGAAUGCAUGCAUCCGUUUUGCAAGUCGUGUAUUGUCAAACACAUUCGCACGACACGGUGGAAUGCCACACGAAAAAAGCUACCAAACAUUCAAGUCCUGUGCCCAGAGUGCGAUCACCCGCUGUACGACAACCCAUACCACAGCUUGAAACAAGAUCGGCUGCUCGCAGAUAUUCUUCAACUCUUGCUGCCCGACGUUGUUCGCGAGGAGCUAGCCCGCCACCAGCAAUUUUUGGACACAUUGUACGCUCCACAAACGCCACACGCGGCAUGCACACCGCACACGUCGCACAACAGCACCCAGGUAGCCAGCGAGCAGGAUCGACCCGAGCAAUGCGAUGCCUUGGCGGACGAUAACCAGUCACACGGCUUGGCGUCGGCCGCACGCAGUGACCUUUCAGCUUCAAGAACACGACCGAGCGAUCCUACGCCUCACAAAGCCAACCAGACGCCUCAGGAGGACACCCAGAUAGCCAUCCAGCACCCGCCACUGGCUCCUCGAUCUGACCAAAUCCCUUCGACGCCGCCCAGUCCCGCAGCUCCGCUGCAACCGAGCGCACAAGCAGCUCAGCUACCUUCUUCUUCAAGUGCGGGAAAUGGACAAGUGCCAGCACCUGCAGCAGCAAAGUCCAGUGCUUCGGCUCUGACCAGCUCGCACAGCCAUUCGUCCCCAUUUCCGCCGUCGCCGCUGUCCAUGAUGGCGAAGCCAGCCUCUCAAGCUUCAACAUCAGACCUGCGUCGCCGAGAUGCUGACCUACCCCCAGCAGCAGCAGCAGCAGCAGCAGCAGCAGCAACACCGCCAAACUCCAGUGCCGCACGUGAGAUCGCGACACCUCUUCACCACCCCUUAGUCUAUGUCAACGCCGGCACUCUUCGUGUGAGCAUGGCUACCAACCAAUCGCAAGGUGCCAAACGAACCGCGACGGCGUCUGAUUUGGCCAACUCUGAGUCCCCGGAAACGAAGCGCGCUCGCUUGAUUGCAAAUGCCCUGUCGGCCCCUGAAGGGAGAGACAUUCAGCAGAGCAACAAUGUUGUUCGCCCUUCACAGUCUACGGUACAGACGGAAAGCUCCACUUCAAGCUCAGCAAUCCAACCCGUGGAAACGUCUGCAGCACCUCCGGUAUCCACUCCUCCGCUCCAACAACUUGUUUCGCCGCAAACCGAAUCCAAGACGCCGCUCCUGACCUAUCCGGCACCCCCUCCACCAGUCGCCAGCCCGCGUCUUGUCAACUCGAGCCCGACCACGCCCGUUCACCCCGACGGCAUUCGCAGCAGCACGGCUUCCGCGCACCCUGCCGCAGUCGCAACUCUUUCUCGAGUCGCAGAGCCAUCUCGCUCAGCAGCGUCGCCUGUCUCCACACACAGCACUUCUGCUUCGAGUACAGCAGGCAUCGCAGGCACGCCCUCAACUGCUCCCAGCGAGCGGUCUACAGCUGCAUCGACUGCAACACCGACUCGACAACCUUCCUCCGCCCCAGCGUCUGCGGCUGAUACUGCAGAUUCGGUGUCAGGUGCGAGACCACAAGCAGGCCAUUCCAUCCGAUUUCAUAUUGCUCGCGAUCCCACCGCGCCUGACGAAUUUUUGAAGUCAGCCCGCCCAUCCAUCGUCGGCGUAUCAUCCAACGCCACAGUGGACCACGUUCGCAAGUACAUCAUUACCAGAUAUUCCCUUCCCACGGAUACCGCACUCGACAUUCUGUGCGCAAACCAGGUUCUGAACGCAGAGAUGACACUUGCCGUUGUGGCUGCCACGAUCGCACAGACCUCCCCGCAGUCUUUGCCGCAGGCAGCUGCACCUGUUGAGGCUGGGAGUCGACCAACAAUUCUUGCGCUGACCGUCCGCCCGCAGCUCGCACCCAAAUAAGUGCCGAUCUUCCGAUCUUUUGUUUUUUUUUUUCCCCCGUCCAAGAUUCAUGUGAAUUUCCCCGUUGCGUGUUUUCAUAGCCCUGUGCAAAGUAAAAGAUAAUAAUGCUGAG